AUGAUUUCCAACGCCCAUCCCCCGACCAUCUUCGACGACACAAGUCGCCCGCCAGCCAAGCCGUCGAUGCUACGCUCCAUCUUGCCGUCAAAAACACACAAAAGAAAUGCCACGGCCGGUGACGCCUUACCAACCGUCAUGCCGGGAGUCAGCUUUUUGGGUAAUGCGGGUUUCCUCCCGGCCGAUCACCCUCAUGCUCAGCCGUUGGGGGAAAGAGCACACAACAGGGACGCCGCUGGUACACAACCCAAAAAGGAAGGGUUGCAUAAGAAGACCAAGAGCUCUGUCUCGCUCAGGUCCUUGAUUAAGGACCGUGAAAAGAAGGAGAAGCCGCGGUCAUCGUCUGACUCGCCGGAUGAAGAGGGUUCCUUGGGAAAGACGAUGAAGAAGAUGAAGUCGACAGCUAGUCUGUCAGCAAUUUUGAAAAGGUCAAAUCGAGGACGGAAAGGUGAGGCUGUGACUGAGCCAAAGGACAAGGAGAACCAGCGUCCAACGUCGGAAGUUGUCUCUCCUAUCUGGGCUCAAUUUGCUACCCAGCCACUGGAAGAUCCCAAGGGCAAUGUGUAUGUCCCGGGAAGCCAAAGGUCGCUGGAGGAGGAGGUUUCUCUAUACACUCCGAAGCAGUAUUCUCCCUCCAAACAACGGAAUUUCUACGAUCAUCAGCCUACUCUGGUCCAGAAACCCAGACCCAAAUCGGACUAUAUCUCAUCCGGCACAGCGAAGGUCAAGGAAAUGUUGGGUCAGAUUCAACGUGUUCCGUCUGGCAAACAGCGAAACCCAGAAAGGCAGUCUGAGUUCCAGCACUCGUCCGAUUCCCGUUCCAUCCACGAAUCAAAGAGAAACUCCAACCACAGCGGUGGCCGCGUGAUGGCCGCCGUGUCGGCUCUCAACGCCAAAGAAGCUGAUAUGCGUAAGGACCAGGACAGCAAGCAGAUUGAGAAUGAAUUCGAAAAGCUGCUGGACGCGCGGAACAUUCCUAUGAACAUGCGGGAUAAGAUGAGGUCUCUGGAUACCAACAUUAAGGCGGACUUUAUCCAAAAGAAUCAAGCCGAAAGUUCAUGUCCCAACUCAGCAACAUCCAGUACUUUUGAUAGUGCUGGCCGACGCGGAAGAAAAGAUGCUCGAUCUGGCGCCUCUCAGACUCGCGAUAAGAGUCUACGCUCGCUUUCUCGUGCGAGGUCACCAUUUCCCACUUCACGAGGUGAUGCUUCACCCAAAAAGCAUCAAAAGUCGAACAGUGCUAGCUCGUUCAAGCGUCCAAAAUCGGUCGAUCUCUCGCGGCCCUACAUGAUGCCCACUGCGUCCACCUCUUCCACUUCGCUUCAUGCCACAAACCCGACAGACACCGCAGCAGAGCCCGCCGACUUCAUACACUAUUUGAGAGAGGUCCAGAAACCCGAGUUGGUUGAGGUAGGAAAACUGCACAAGCUCCGCCUACUUCUUCGUAAUGAAACUGUAGCAUGGGUAGACUCUUUUAUCGCCGGUGAGGGAAUGGAUGAGAUCGUCCAGCUUCUGUACCGUAUUAUGAAGGUCGAAUGGAGGGAGGAACACGAGGAUAACCUGCUCCAUGAAGCUCUACUCUGUCUCAAAGCUCUAUGUACAACCUCUGUUGCCUUGCAGAGGUUGACAGCCUUGAGCAAGGAGCUUUUCCCAGCAUUGCUCGGGAUGAUCUUCGACGAAGAGAAGAAAGGACCUAGCGAGUUCACCACCAGAGGAGUUAUUAUUAGCCUUCUCUUCACUCACCUUUCUACUGCGCCGGAAGGCGAAAUGCAGGCGCGAGCUGCUGAGAUUCUUGGCUAUCUGCGUGAUCCUAACCCUAACAAGCAGCAGGUUGAGUUUAUUACAAACAUCUACCAGUCUCGUCCAUACCGAGUGUGGUGCAAAGAAGUAACGAAUGUUACCAAAGAAGUUUUUUGGAUCUUCCUGCAUCAUUUGAAUGUUAUUCCUCUGAAUCGCGACAACAAUAUUGCUGACCAGGAGCAAGGAGAUUACUUGAAGAAGCAUUUCCCUACACCUAGGCCACCGGUUCCAGCUGCCCCGUAUGUCGGUGGCGUCGAAUGGGACGCAACAAACUACCUUGCAACACAUCUUGAUCUGAUGAACGGCCUUAUUGCAUGCCAGCCUACGACCGAGCAGCGCAAUGCUCUUCGCGAAGACCUCCGUGCUUCCGGAUUCGAAAAGGCAAUGGGCGGAAGUAUGCGUACCUGCAAGGAGAAAUUUUACGGUGCCGUUCACGACUGUUUGAAGACAUGGGUCGCUGCAGCUCGAGACGACGGCUGGGAUUACAGAUUCGUCCGCGAAGGACCAGAGCCUGGUUCCCCAACUAAACCAAUCAAAUCUUCUAGAAAGAAGCCUAUCGAUGAGCCACCAAAGCUGGCCCUCGACAUAAACUUGGAGAAGAAGUCUUCCAGUCCCAUUCCUGACGUCGACGGAUGGAUCUGAGUAUUCUCUUCAUUUUCAUUUUCUCUUUCUCUUUUCAUGUGUUUCUAUGACUAUUAUUUAUGAUUGGCGUAUUGUGGAUAUUGGGCGUUGGAGUGAGAGG